CACGAACAAACAAUUACUGAAUUUAUACAAGGAAUCGAAAGUUUCGAGAAAUAAGUUUGCUUUCACCUUUUGGUCCUUUUCUAAGCUUACAUGUAUCUGACUUUAUUUUAAAACAACGUCUGUGGUAUUGUUGCGAUGAAUCGAAUUGCAUGUUGUUUAUAAUUCGUGACCUUCGUUCAGCAAGGCAUGCAAAAACAGCAAAAUAUAUGGCUGAAAAAACAUUUGAGCAACAGACAAAUAUUUCCAAGAAAUGCAAGAUUGCAGAAAAGGACAAGGCGGACAAGGGAGUCUCAGGGUAAAUACGCCAUUACAAUUGUGUAUGACAGUGGUUUUCAUUAGAAGUACUAUACAAUAUAAAGCAUGUUGAGAGGGGUAGGGCUUGUCAAUUAUAAUUCAAGAAAUGUUAGCUAUAGCCUAGGGUGGAAUUUUGUUUUUUGGGUUUGCCACUGGCAGCAAAGAUGUUUGGUGGAACCUACAAACUAUCCACCCUCGGCUAGAUGUUCAUGACUGUUGUAAUAUAAAUUAAGGAAAUUAUCAUUCAUAUUCAAUAAAUAUAUCGUGUUAAAUAUGCAAUAAAAACAGUGGCCACCAGGGCCGUAGCUAGACACAAUAAUUGGGGGGGGGGGGAGGUUGUAUAUUCAUAUGCUCGUGUUCACAUACCAUAAGCACAAUGGCCUUCAAAAGAAAUCCGUCGGGCAGAACACAAAUAGAUGAAUAUGCACCCACUCGGCCCUGGUGGCCACAGUCAGUUUUAGAUAUUGUUUCAUGUACACAUGCCAACAGACGUAUCACAAUAGUCAUUAAGCAUAAUGAUAAUUACGGUAUAUCGUCACUCAUUGAUACAAUAGUCAUGAGUGAACAUAUCACAAUUAUAUUAAAAUAUCACCCAACCCUACCUAGAAUUGGUAGCUAAUUAGCUUAAAAGAAUUUGUAACUAUUACCAAAUUUGAACCUCACAUGCAUGAUCUGGUCUGAACAAACAUGUUAUGUUUUUGCCUCAAAAUACUUGGCAAUAUAAUUCAAUUGUCCUAUACCUAUUUCUCCAAUCUGACAUGUUUUCAUUGCAGCUGCAAAUUCCAGUCAAAUCUAUAGGAAAAACAGAAUUCUCAAAACACAGUAAAAUCAUCCCCCGAAUGUCCAAACAACAAGAAUAUAUAUUGUGGUAUGGACUGAAUUAGCAAUUUCAAUUCUGGGGUCCAUUUCUGUGAUUGAAAUAUGAAGUUAAGAUGAAAAAUCUGGAGCUAAAGAAAAAAUAUUGAGACCUAGCUGUAACCACAAAUUAAAUAAAGAAAUUCCUGAUAAACAAUAUAGAUUACACAAAGACAGGAAUGGAUGACUAUGUAUUGUUUGAAUGUUCACACCCCCACAUUUCCAACCAUAUUAACAUUAAGCAGCCCAUAGCCACCUGAUGACUCUUUUUGGAUCAAAAUUAACAGGCUGUAUAUAGCUUCUUUUUGGAUUAAAACGUAUUUGAAUUGCCAAUAUUUAAUGUUCUCAUGAAAUGUGAAAUGACAGAUUUUGUGUUGUGAAAUUAAUAUUAUUUGCAUAGCUGUGAGUUGUGAUUGCAUGCCAGUAAUUUUUGUCCGGGAAAUGAGAAUUUACUUGAGGUCUGUAGAACAAUUAAAGACUGGACAGUAGUGAGAAGUGCUAAUGUGAAGAAGAGCAAAUGAGCAAUGCUUUGGAUGUACUACAUGUGAUACAUGCAGGGACGUCGCAAAGGGGGGGGGGGGGUUGUCAUGUUUUGACGAACAUUUCCUAGGAUUUUGACCAACAUUUCCUAGGAUUUUGACCAAGUUGAAAAAAUUUUUCCCGACUAACAUAAGCAAAUUCGAAAAUUUUUCGACCAAUGUAAGCAAUGCUUCCAAUUUUUUCACCGCAAACAUAACAAAAGCUUUAAAAUUGUUAAAAUUAUGAAGCAUUUCAUAACUUUCGGCAACUUCGACCAUCCUUUAUCCCAAACUUUGACCAAAUUUACCCAGUUUUACCUUCAAUUUUAGGCAAAUAUCAGUUCCAUUUUGACCAACUUUGGGCAAAUAUCACUUCCAUUUUGACCAACUUUGACCAACGUUUGAAUUAUUGGGGGUGUUACACCUCCCCUCCCCACACACACACACCCCUAUAGCGACGUCCCUGGAUACAUGAAUGUAUUUUCUUGAUUUUACUAGACAUAUCUGUCAUUAAUGAUAUCAUUCUGUUGAUUUUAAAAAGCUGUCUUAAAUCAUUGUUGAGCUUUAUGUUCAAAUUAGUUAUGAGAAUGUAAAUAUAGGCUAACAGGUUAAUAAAUUAGGCAUAAAAUACUCAAGACAGAAAGUUGUUUUUUUUAAUUUUUGUAAACGGUUAAUUUUUUACAUGUGAAACGUGAAAAGGCUGUUUUUCUUCAUGUGUAACACGAUCUAAACCCCCUACCCCUAUAUACUACACUCUCAUUUGGGGGUACGAAAAACUGUACUAUGCUAAGUUGCUAACUACACUUCUCUAAAAAGACUGAAAGUAAACCAUGUUUAAUGAUGGUAGUUAGGGUUUACUUCGGUAAUUGGCAAAAAUAUUACAGUGCCACUAGCUGAUUGAUGCCAGAGAAAUUGUAAAUCCAAAUUUCCGAAAAGGUGCAGGAAGCACUGAGACAAGAUGGCAAUCAAAGCCACAAAGAUAGCAAUUUUCAACGUGGUUCAUACUUUUCUUGAUCGUAAAUAACAUUCAUUUUAUGUGUUCUUUUAUUUUGCGUUCCUUUAUUUUGUAAUCACUUAGCCUGCGAGCAGGCUCUACAUUACUGUACUUGGCUUUUCCCGUUCCUUUUGAAAAAUGUAAUUAAUACUAUCACCCUUUCGAUAAUUACGUCACACAUACUUUUUGGUCUUGGAGCCUCGCUCUCAUUAGUAAAUUACGCAAUGUGAUUGGCUCACGAUUCAUGAGAGCUAGGCUCCUAGACCAAAUGACGUUGGUCGAUCGAAACGAUGUAUUACAGGUCAAAAUUACAACAAAUGUAACAAGUAGCCUGUAACGCGUUACAAGUGUAACGAGUAUGCUUAAGCCAUGCGUUUAAAUGGACUUUGCCAGGCUAAAUAUUUAUAGAAGUCAUCACACAGUGGCUACACUAUGUCUUAUAUAUACUGUAGUAGUGUAGUUUGAAUAAGAGUUUAUAAAAUAAACAACUCCCAAUCCUCACCACAAAAUGUCUAAAAGAUUAUUUAGAAAUCGAGAAAAAAGUUUGAAAAAUUUAUGCGAGAGGGAAUCGAAGCCGAAAGCUGGAGCUAAUUAGGCGCAUACAAUAACUUCUAUGCUACAAGCGAUUCACUGAAAUACGUGCGUUGCGAUUCAGUUAUGUAGGCAGAUUUGAAAACUGUUUAGUAAAACCUUAAUCUGCCAUGGAUGAAAGCAUUGGAGAGAAAGUUAAAAUAAAAAAAAAUUAAAUGUAACAGAGUUCGUAAUAAGAACAGGAGAUGUGGCGAAAGUGUUGAAAAGAAGAAAUAACUGGUAGAGGUAUACAGUAGACAACCCAGAAUGGACCUUUCCCCUUAUAACUAAAAUUUCGAUCUAGACAAAAAUUUCAUCACAGCUUGAAAGAGCAUCACAAAAUUAGUAAUAUUCCAGAGUUUUGUUGCAAAAUCUUGUAAAAUGCGGAUAAUAUAGCCUUGCGAAGUUUGCCGUUUUUCAGUCAUUUUGUAUUACAAACGGGAACUUGACAUCCGAUUCGGGUGUUGGGGCUGCAAUUUCCCGUUUGUAAUGCAAAAUGACUGAAAAUUGCAAACUUCACAAGGCUCUAUUUUCCUCAUUUUACAACAUUUCGCAACGAAACUUUGGAAUAUUACUAAUUUUGUGAUGCUCUUUCAAGCUGUGAUGAAAUAUUUGUCUAGACUUGCCUAGAUCAAAAUUUUGGUUAUAAGGGGAAAGGUCUAGCUAUUAUCCGUGAAAGAAAUGUAACGCAAUGUGGGACAAACGAAACGUCGGCACAAUGUACCAAUGUAGUACACGCUUGGUAGAUCAGUUAUGCCAUAAAACUGCAGAUGUCGUUAUUGUCAUUAUCCGCACAAUCACAUGUUUAAGAUGUCGUCAAUUUUCUUUUCGAUUUCCUUGGGCUACGGCCACUAGCUCCAUAUUUUCGUACUGAACUAAAUGAUCAAGUUGUCCUGCUAGCAGACAAACAGAAAAGACAAACUAUACAAACCAAGCAGAGGGGAAACAUGACAUAGUUAUGAACUUAUGGUAGAUGCUAAAUUAACGUAAUAUUUUUCUAAUGAAAUAAAUUAUCUAAUCUCUUUCAGAAAUGAAUUAUACAAAGAUCUAAAUCCAACCCAGUGGCCAAUAGUUUACAGUCCUAAUUACAACAUCAGCUUUUUUUAUUUACAAAAGCUUCACCCAUUUGAUUCAGAAAAAUGGGGCAGGACUGUUGGAUUGUUAUUAGGUAUAUGCAGCAUUUUAUUGAGUAAUAAGUAAUGAGAAACAUUUACUUGAGAGUAAUAGAUUCGUAAUUUGGGGCAGACGGAUAUACUGCAAUAUAAUUGCAUUUUACUGUUAUUACUUCUUAUUAUAAUAUUACACUCUGCCAGAUAAGCACAUCCAGUAUCAUGGCACUCCGGCGUCCUCGUCAUUUUAAAUUGUACUUAAUAUCAGUUCUAGUUUUGUCAUUCUUUGUGCUGUAAGUAAAGUUAUCUCUUGUAAAAUUGCUUUACCAGACAGUGGUGUUCUAAAGAAUGAAAAUUUCAUUGCACCAGUUGAAGCAAGUGAAAAACAUUUGCUGGAAGUUCACACACAAGAAUACUUGGAUAGCCUGAAGGUACUUGAUCAUAUUUAUAGUACCUUAUAUCAUAGGAACCGCGCGCAGACUGGGCACGACCCAUGCCCUCAACUUAUCGGAUAUAGAGAGUGACAAGGAGAUUCGCAGAUCAUUAACUAUCUCAUAGCCACCCGGAGUAGUACUCUACUUAGAGAAGCCAAAUUUUAAUUUUAUUUCCUCACAAAAUACAUGACGCUUUAUUUAUAGUAGGUUUAAGUAAACCAAACAAGGUUUUUGUCGAAAUUGCAUGAAAAAUAUUAAACUUCGACAUCUUGAGCAAAUCCCUACAGUCCAGACAACAGGCUUCGUUCAAAGUUAACCUAUUUUUUUUUCAGGUACCGCAGGUUCGAUUCCCGCCAAAUGGCCUAUAUAUAUAGUUGCAUUUUUUGCCCCUGCUCCUGGUUAGGUCUGAUAAAUGUAUAAAAUCCACACUCAAAAUUUCCAUCUACAAAACCCUGCAAUUAGUUAUAUCGAGUGUAGAUGUCCAAAAUCCUGAUAUCUAACUGAAGAUAAAUAAUAUUGAUAUCUAAUUGAAGCUAAAUCCUGAUAUUUAAUUUAUAUAUAAUUGAAGUUUAUAAUUGCAGGUCCCCACUGAAAAGCACUUGUUGAUAUCCAGGUGAUGUUGGUAUCCUGGUUAAAUAUUAUAAUAAUACUAAUAAUAAUAAUCUACCUUUUAAUUUCUAUAUAUAGUGGUCGUGGAAAGUUGCUGCAGUUACUGAAGUGCCACCAGUUGCACUCCUACCAAACUUCAUUGUCCAAAGAGUGUUGUUAAAGCCACUGAGAUUGCAAACGGGAGGAACUGUUUUGGUACGUAUAUUAAAUACAAUUGUAUUGUAAUUUUAUCAUACAAAAUUGUUUUAACAUUGUUUUUGUUCCUGUUUUAUGAACCAUUUGCAAGUUAUAGUUUUCUAUUGUAGGCUGGGAAACUGGCUGUUGACCGAGGAUGGGCAAUAAAUGUUGGUAUGCUUGCAGUUAUAUUGUAUAGAUUGAGGCUUCUGUAUAUGCAUAUGCAGACGUGUUGGACCAUAGUUAAUAGAAUAGAUGGUUUGGAAACUCAUUAGAAUAACAAUUUAACUCAUUAUCUAUGUUAGUCAACGUUUAUUCAUAAAUCUGGUCGUUCACCGUCACGUGCGUAUUGUAUUUUUGCCCAACUAACCAAUAGCAAUGUUUUAAGAAAGUUACCUAUCCGUGACUCGAACAAUAGGGUAAAUUGGAAAUUGCUAUUGGUGGAUUUGGCAAAAAUACAAUACACACGUGACGGUAGCCUGCGUGCAGGCCCAAGGGAAUUCCCUUGGGCCUGCACGCAGGCUAACGUGACGGUGAAGGACCAGAUUUAUGAAUAAACGUUGACUAACAUAGAUAAUGAGUUAAAUUGUUAUUCUAAUGAGUUUCCAAACCAUCUAUUCUAUUAACUAUGGUUAGACAGAAUUAUAUUUUAGAUAUUCUAUUUAUUAUUUGAAACACAUGAAAAUAAAAUCGAUAAUAUACUCACCGUAACAGUAUGGGAGUAAAAAAUUAGAAAACCAUAUUAAUCACGUUGCUUCAAAAAUAAGUAAGACAGUGGGCAUUAAUAUCUCCAAAUUAAGGCAUUUUGUACCUAGAAAUACUUUAAUAAACAUUUAUAAAUCUCUUAUUCUUCCUCAUAUUUCAUAUGGCAUAGCAGUAUGGGGUCAGGCUGCCAAAGUUCAUCUUAUGAUAAAAUUUUAAAGCUUCAAAAACGUGUUCUUCGGUUAAUCUACUUUGGGGAUUAUACAUCCCAUGCAAUUCCUUUCUUUUCUUCCAAUAUUCUACCUGUUGAGAUGUUAUACUUUAAAUCUGUCUCUAUUCUGAUGCAUGAUGUACAUAAUAACUUGGCACCACUACAUAUAUCAAAUCUCCUUACUUAUAGACCAAUUGCGAAACUUAGUGACCGCGCCUUAAACUACACGAAAACGAGGCUUAUUAUGCAAAAACAAAUCAUUCUGCUAUAUUUUUAUAUGGCGAAAAAUGAAUUUCAGUGUUUGAGACGCGUUUUUAUGGUAAUCUCUUCAUUUUUUUUCAAUAUUCCUGUUUUGACAAUGUAAAUCUUUAUUAAACUUGUUCAUAGAUUUAGUCUUACUUCAAAUUUCAUUGUUUUUCGCGGCGUGCGAGGCAAUGUUUUGCUGUUUUUCGCCGUCCGAUAAAAGAAGCAGAUUAUGCCAGAGAAAGAAUCAGGUAUUUUCCGUCUGUUUUAUUAAUACAUUUCAAAGACUAAGUUGUAACAUUGAUUAAUUUUGUUUCAGUUGUAAUAUAAUAGCAAGUUUUCGAUUUUAACUUUAAAAAUAUGAAAGAAAAUGUCGGGCAAAAUUUGUAGAAAUUUUAUGUUAUUAUCCUUUGACAAAAUCGUUUUUUCUCGCACGAAGUCUAAAAAAGUCUGGGUAGAAAGAGUUAUAUUUUAGUUUAAGUUAUACAGGCUAUUUUAUUUGCAUCUUGAUCAGAUUUUAAAGUCUAGAUUGAUCUUUUCCAUAUAUUUGUUCCAUCGCAUGCUAAAACAACAACGAAAUUCUCUCCAAAGCGGGUAAAAAUAUAGUGGGAAAUCGAUGUUUAGAUAAAUUUAACAAAUAUUUGUAUAACCUAGCACGAAAUAUUAAGAAAAGAUCAAAGAGAUUAAAGAAAAAAACACUUUAAAAACCCUAAAAUACACUUUUCGCUAUAUAAAAAUAUAGAAAUUGUUUUGUUUUUGCAUAAUAAGCCUCGUUUUCGUGCAGUAUGAAGGCGCGGCCACUAAGUUUCGCAAUUGGUCUAUACUCAUGACAUACAUGGCUAUAAUACCAGAUUUUCUUCAAACGUCAACUUCUAUGUGAAACAUUCAUGUUUAAAUAAACUGAAUAAUUCUUUUUCCAGAACUGGCCCAAAAAUAUGGAAUAGCAUUCCAUGUGACUUGCGUAAUUUUCCGAUGAAUAAAUUUAAGAAAACAUUACAUAAAGUAUUAGUUUCUAUAUUUACAAAUGAGGAGGAUUAUGUUGAUAUCGCAAUGUUAACAAACAGAUUGAAAAAUAUAACAAUUAGAUAAAUUCAGCUAAAUUCUUCUAAGAUAAAAUAUUAUUAUUGCAUAUAUUUUGAAACUUAUAUGUCAUUUUAUGUGUUAAACUUGUAUGUCAUUUUUAUAUUUUGAAACUUAUAUGUCAUCUCUAUAAUUAACUGGAAGUAUAGUCUUCCAGUUGUCUGCCUCGAAUAGCUUUCGCUACCUGCAGACAACUGUUAAAUUUUUGUAUAUUUUUUCUUUUGAUUAAAAUUACUGUUACUGUUACUGUUAAAGAACAAGAUGUGAGGUAAACAUGCUAAAAGAUAGUAAAAGUGAUUAUAUAAUAACUACAGUGAAACACGCAAUUUGAUUGGUCAAUAGCCGUGCAGGAUCAGGCUAUCCUGCACGAGGAAUUAAAUUCCUUAUCGGGAUUUUCGCGAGAUUCUCAAAAUGUCAUUGUUUCACUGUAGUUAUUUUAUAAAACAAUUACCAAAUGGUUUUCCAAGCAGGAUAGCGUGAUCCAUGCACUUGGGAUGUUGCUCGACUUUCGGAAAGCGUAAAAAUACACUCGCCUGCGGCUCGAGCAUUUUUACGCUUUCCGAAAGUCUCGCGACAUCCCUCGUGCAUGGAUCACGCAAUCCUGCACGGAAAACCAUUCGGUAUUCCUUUAAGAAUAAACUGGACGGUGGAAAGCACACACUCACCGUGGUAUUCUCUGAUAAUUUUUGUUUUUUGCAUAUGUCAGUUGAUGUAUACUGUAAGUACAUACAGAAUGGUUAACGCCUGUAUUCUAAAAGCUCACUCACACUCAAUGAGUGGAGGUUCAAUCUGAGCUUCUCUCAAGUGUCAAUGCUGUUUUUGAAUAGCUGGAGGGUGAGUCUAGACACAUAGCAAGGUACGACACUAACCCUCCAGUUAUUCAAAAACAGCAUUGAAACACAAGAGAAGCUCAGAUUGAACCUCCACUCACUGAGUGUGAGUGAGCUUUUAGAAUACGGGCGUAAGAGUUCGGUGGUUUAUAUUUCAUUAUAGGGGGCGGUUUUCAUCAUUGUCGUGGUGAUGAUGGAGGAGGAUUCUGUGCUUACGCUGACAUCACAUUAUCAAUUCAUGUAGGUUGAAUGUCGUCUGUUAACAUUCUUUUGUCUACAAUGUGACUAAUAUAAGUGGGCUAUUUUCUAACUAUACCCAUGAAACAACUGUCUUGUUCCCCAAAAGCGCUUGGUCGUAUAGAGACACGAAACCUUCAGUCUGAUUAACUUGCUCCUUUUGUUAUGUUCAUGUACUUGAACUUGAUUGUGCUUUCAUUUCAUGUUUAGUUUUUGUUCAAGAAUGUUCAAUCAAUUUCAAAAGCAAUGAUAAUAGACCUCGAUGCCCACCAGGCACGUAUGUUAUACUGUUUACAUAUAUAUUUGAAUGGCAUGGAAUUUGAGCCAGCCUGUGAGAUCAGCGGGCUCUUGCAGUUAUGAGAUGUUUCCAGGAUGAUGUCAACUUCAAACAUGCAGACGUUGCAUUGCCUGACGUUCUUAGUCCAGUGUAUCAUAGAGCUCACUGUUGCACCUUCAAAAUUGGCCAGAUAGUAAAUUUCUUUCUACUUUCGACAGGGCAAUGGUCACGAGCGUGAUUUUAUAGAUAAUCCUGAUGUGUAUAUCAUGGACGUUUACAACUCUGGAAUUUAUCCUCGUGAUGUCUAUGCAAAAAGUAUGAUUUAAGGAAUGUUACAAUGUAAAACUCAAUAGAAAUAUUAAUAAACAGUUAUUGGAUGAGGUUUUCGUGAUAUCCAGAAUUAUCGAGCCCGAGACGAGAUUGAUAGUACUUAUACCGAGACCUUGAUAAUUCCGGAUAUGAAAACCGAAUUCAAUAACUGUUUUAUUAUACAUUGCAUUUUCAUUAAUAACUCUUUCGACAAACAAUGAUUUGUCGCACAAAACAACGUUUGGUUCUCAAAAAAAGCAGUGUCAGUGAAAACGAUUUAAAAUAUCACAAUAACAGCAUAAAAAAAUAUUAGCCCAUUUGGCCAUUUACCUACUAAAGUGCCGAUAAAUAUGCCAAAAUAAAUGUGUGCAAAAAUGCUUUUGCACAAAAAACAUCCACAAAAACGCCGCCAUUUCAUGAUGGUUUUUUUUAAGGAUUUGCGAAGCAAAGUCCUUUGUCAUCGGGUUUGUAAGAUAGAUAGAUAGUAACACGUAUAACGUAGGAUAAUUGAAUUAACAUUGAGUUCCGAGUCGAGUAUUCGUGUACCGCCGGAAGCUAUUAUCCACCAUUUGUGUUUGUCGUACAUUUUGGGCGAUAUUUUUCCACGUUUCUUGCAUUAUAUAAUUGACAACAAAAUUGCAAAUACUUACGCACUCCUCCGGUGCCUAUUUUUCUUGUUUUUAUUCGUGUGUUUAAAACUGCCGCUUGCUAUAAAAUUACUUACCGCGGGCUCAAACUACACAUAACUCAGUUAAACUAUCUGCUAGCAGAUAACUGAGUGAUGUGUAGGUUGCGUGAUUUCCAUAUUUAGCUGUAAGCUACUGGAAGACACGUAGUGUCUUAUAGUCCACUUUAUUUUAUGUAGGAGCAAUUAAGAAAAAAGUUGAGUUACGACAUGGAACUGAUGAUGCGACGUACCUUGCUCUCGUUGAAAGGUAAAUGACGCAAUAUACAUUUAAACCUCUAUACAACGUAAUAUACAUUUUCUUCUAAUUAGAAGUGUCCCAUUAUGGGGGUAUUUGCUAGCCUGCUCAGCAGCCCCCACCCGAAAAUUUGAAACGGAUCGUUCUGGCUGCGAGCAAGCUAGGUAUUUGCUUACUACAACAAACUUCAAAGAGCAUGAUUAGCCAAAUCAACCCAGGGUUAGGGCUAAUUUAUUUAAAUAAAUAAAUAAAUAAAUUAGCCCUAACCCUGGGUUGAUUUGUCAUUUCUGGACGUAUUUUUCUAUAAAAACUCUAGAUAAUAAAACUGCUAUUGAUCCAGACAAGAUUUGUGGGACUAAAGAUUUCCACGUUUUGAAUAGGCACAGUUUUAGGUUAAACUAUAGGAUUUCGAACAACCGUCCGAAAAGCAGAAGUUAGUUUAGAACUUGUAUUGAAUAUAAUGACGAAGUUUACAAUUUUAUUAUAUUCCUUACAGCAAUAUCAAAGAAGCAUUGAGUGAAUUUCAUCCAGAUAUCAUUAUCUACAAUGCAGGUACUUUAUAUUGCUUUUAAGCAAUAUUAAAUUUAAGCAGUAUUAAAAUACUGUAUGCAUGUACUAUGUACUAUUUACAACAUGAGCGUCCGUGAUCGGAUGUACAAACUCGAGCCGAAGACGAGAGUUUGUACAUCCAAUACAACACGGACGCGAAUGGUGUUUAAAUUUGUUAAACGUGCAUGGUGUUUAAAUUUGUGUUCUUGUCUAGACCGACGUAUAUAAAUUUGAGGUCGUGUCACAGACACUAGUUAUAUAACUAGGGUACCUGCAAGGUAGGGAUUGCUGCGGGCAUUAAAAGCAAAUAGAACUACAGUAAACAGCACAGAUUAUAUCAAGCACAGUGAUUACUUGCAGCAACUAGUGAGCUGUGAAUGGGACUGAGAAGAAGCAACAUAGGCUACAUUGAAGUAGCAAAGACCAGGGGUUAAAGGGCAAUCAGAGGUGACAGAUAUUAAACAUGUGCGUCUCAUUAAGGUCAGAUUUCAUAUCAAGUCUGUUUACUGCUGGGCGCAUUUACCACAUUAUAUACACUAUAUACACAGAUUUAUCACGCUAAGAAACCAAAACUUUAUAAAAAUAUAGAACUGACAGUGGCCAAAGUCCAAAACAAAUGUAAGCGUAACAUUAGAGUGAUUAGACUUGAAAAAGCAUUAGAAAUUCGAUAAAAAUUGAAGAGUCCUCGAGCGAGUUUAAAAUUUGUGUUCUGCGCAUAGAAAGCGCGCACGACCACAAUUCCAUGCGCUAAAUAAAAUUUAGUUCAAAACCCCCUCUCUGCAUAUAUUAGGUUGCUGCUACGCUCGCUCGCUUCAGGCUCGCUCGCUCCGCAGCAAUUAGGUACUGGAUGAAUAUCGAAUAGAUUGCCUGUGGCUGAGAUACCGUAUACUAAAGCUUCGAAGUUCAGUGGAUGUUUUUCAUUCUCACUCAGUUCUCACGUCGCCAAUAGACCUUUCCCCUUUUGAGUGAAAUUUUGAUCUAGACAAGUCUGGACAAAAAUGUCAUCACAGCUUGAAAGAGCAUCACAAAAUUGGUAAUAUUCCGAAGUUUCGUUGCGAAAUGUUGUAAAAUGCGGAUAAUAUAGCUUUACGAAGUUUGCCGUUUUUCAGUCAUUUUGCAUUACAAACUGGAAAUUGAUAAUCAGAUGAUCAAACUGAUUACCAAUUUCCCAUUUGUAAUACAAAAUGACUGAAAAACGGCAAACUUCGUAAAGCCCUGAUUCCACGAGCGCUUUUUGUCAGCGAAAUAUUUCGCCUGUUUCUUUUGAAUUGUGAGCAAUCAAGUAGAAAUAAUUUAUUCGAGUGGUCGCAAUUCAAAAGAAACAGGCGAAAUAUUUCGCAUUUCGCCGACAAAAAGCGCUCGUGGAAUCAGGCCUUAAGGCUGUUUUCCACUAGGCGGAAUUUUCCGCGCGGAGCGGAAUUUCUCUUUGUCUUGUGAUUUCUCGGGUGGAACUAAUUAGAAAAGACAAAGACAAAUUGCGCUCCGCGCGGAAAAUUCCGCCUAGUGGAAAACGGCCUUUAAAGGCGGUUUUCCACUAGGCGAAAUUUUUCGACCGAAUCGAAAUUUCUCUUUGUUUCAUGAGCUCUCAAGCAGAACUAAUUGUAAAAAGACAAAGAGAAAUUUCGUUUCGGUCGAAAAUUAUCCGCAUUUUACAACAUUUCGCAACGAAACUUCGGAAUAUUACUAAUUUUGUGAUGCUCUUUCAAGCCGUGAUGAAAUUUUUGUCCAGGCUUGUCUAGAUCAAAAUUUCAUUCAUAAGGGGAAAGGUCUAUUGGACAUAUUACUGUAAAUAAGGAAAACAGCAGUGGAAUAAAAUGUGCUAAAAAUUGCUCUGCGAAUACUUUUUUACAUACCAUUAAAGGCGGUUUUCCACUAGGCGAAAUUUUUCGACCGAAUCGAAAUUUCUCUUUGUUUCAUGAGCUCUCGAGCAGAACUAAUUGUAAAAAGACAAAGAAAAAUUUCGUUUCGGUCGAAAAAUUCCGCCUCGUGGAAUCAGGCCUUAACAGACAUGGGCCAUGGCGCUUAAUUAAGCCUGUAUUAAAUAUUAUUCUCCAGGAACUGAUGUUCUUGAAGGUGACCCUCUUGGAAACUUGGCUGUUACUGAGCAGGUACUGAUCAUGUUAUCACUGUUUAACUGUAGACUUAUGAGUUCAUAAAUAGAAGUUCAGUGAUGGGACCAAAAAUAAUCAGUUAAUGAAUACGGGUGUACGGGGCCAAUGCGUUGUGGAGGUAAUUCAUACUAAGUUGGCCCGAACUUUACACAUGAUUAUUAAAGUGGAAGUCAAGUCCGUUCUGCGCAUCGGUUCUGCUCAUAACAAUGUGAGGACCUCUAAUGUGAACAUUGCCCAAAUUUCGAAUGUUUCGAAUUUUUCUGAACAUAAACUCUAUUUCAUAUUCAUUUAGAAGCAUAGCGAACCAAAAUGAUGUUAGAUAUUCAGACAGUACAUCAUAUUUUAAAAAAUACAGCAGUUCAAAAUGUAAACUACGGACUUGACUUCCACUUUAAAUAACCUGAACUUUAUACGCAAUUUUUUAAACUACACAACUUUUUCCUAAAACUGUCGCAUUUACGACAACGUUGGCGAGUUGUAUGCUUGAUUUACACCUAGUACAACUCGAGUUGUAAGCAAGUUGCAUGCGAAAGAUUUAGGCAAAAGUUGUGUAGUGUAAAUCGGUCUUUAAAGGGAGGGGCAAUAACGAGGAAGGCGUUUGGUAAUUUCCUGGAUCCAGCACCUAACCUGCAAACGGGCAUACUCUGGGUACGAGAUUGGGAUGUUGCGUGCCAGUAUAGGUAGCAAAAAGAAAACAAUUUGCAGGCUUGUGUGUAUGAAAACUAAGAACAGACUUCGAAGUUUCGAGCAAAGGCUCUCUCCUCCGCAUUGGCGUUUACAUACGAAAAUGUCAGGCAUUCGCGGGUAAUUAAUGAUACACGCGGGGAUCCAGGUGUACAGCCCGCAAGUUACCGCAAAGCCUGACAUUUUCCGGGUAUUGUUGACUAAAAUCGUUAGUUUUGUUUUGGUUUGUGGGAACACGAAGGCUUGCGAUUCGUAAGCUCGGAUGUUAAUAUAAUUCUUAAUUAAUAGCCACUAUGAAGAUCCGCGCUUACAGAUCGAGAGUUUUGCAAUAGUAAAUAUAUGUGCAUGGUGUUUCCACAAACCAAAAAAAAUGAUGAACAUAUAACGAUCGUUUGUCGUUUAGUAUGUAAAAACGCGUGUAUUAUUUAUUCAACAAUUCAGGGUAUUAUACAGAGGGACGAGCUAGUGUUCAAAUCGGCCAGAGAGAAAAAUAUACCAAUUUUUAUGGUCACAUCAGGAGGGUAUCAGGUAUUAUUUUACAUCUCAUGGAUACAGUAAGUCUUCUGGAUUGUCGUUAUAUGUUUCUAUUGGCCUGAUCACAGAAUAUUCGAUAAUCUCGGGGGAGGGACAAAAACUAUGUAACCAAAUUCUAAGAUUUUUACAUGAUAAAAGCCUUGGUCAAGGGCUAUCAGACAAAUUGUUAAUUUAGGACAAAUAGCAGCAGAAAUAUGAAGACCUCUGUUAGGGUACCCCCAAAAUGGCGAAAGCAAAAAGGCUAUCAGCAAAAAAAUGGCGAGGCUUGGACAAAUAGCACCUCUUCCAGGGAUCCCUUAAAUGGCUAGAUUUCGAAAGGUCGGUGCCAGUGGUAGGUAGCGAAGAUCACAAUACAACUGCGGAUUGAGAGAGAUCUACCUAAAAAAUAUUAGCAGAACUUCGACGUUCGAGCGAAGGCCACUGGCGAAGGCCCUCCGUCGGGAAGUUAGUAUCCAACAGACUAGAUUUCUAUAUGUACAUGUUUCGCAGAAACUUUUCGAUUGUUUUAAACGAUGGUAUGUUCCAAAAAUGCCGAAAUAUUGGGAGAGGCUCAGGAUGAAAAUUAAUAUUUGGCAUGUUUUUUUCUCCAGAAACGAACUGCAAAAGUGGUAGCAGAUUCAAUUUUGAAUCUCUACAACAAAGGCUUGAUUACAUCCAGUUGUCCUGAGCUUCGUAAGUAUAUACUGUAUAUUCUGUGCUUCUUGACGAAUUAGUGUGCGCAUGAGUAUGCAUAAGUGCUAUUAGCCUUUCUUACGCAACCUAGCAAGCCAAGCUCUCUACCGAAUUCCACUUCCCUACCAGCAAUAACUAGCACAGAAUACUAUACAGAAGUCCAUCUCCAAGUUCCGUAAACAGAAGCAGUCACCCCCUGGAAAUAUUCAAAAUGGCACACGUCCAGGGGGGUGACUGCUUCUGUUUACGGUACUUGUUGAGUGACGAAUCAUGACGAAUAGCGCUUACGCAAAAAACAAUGGAGAUGGACUUCUGUAUAGUAUUCUGUGCUGCCAGCGUGUUUGGGAGGGAAGCGGAAGUAUAGAGAGCCUGGCUUGCGAGGUUGUUUCUUAUACGCAAGUCUAUAUCCGCAUUUUUGGGGUACUGUCUCCCCCCACGUCAGAGAACGUAGACAAUUCUAAACAAUGUCAAAAGCGACUUUUCAAGGUUGUAACUGUACAUAUAACAUACACACAUGCAAGUUAUAAAAAGUCGCAUUUCGCAGAUAGGAUUCCGAAGUACCCCAAACAUUUAGAGAAAGGCUAAUUGGAGUUAAUAACUACCGGUAUUUUACUAAAAUUGAUAUAUUAACUGAUAUUGCAGAAUCUGGUCUUUAAAGUAAUAGAACUAUAUAUGGUGUUCAGGAUGCAAUGCUCUACAGUGUGUAUACCAAUUGGGUAUUAUAAUAGUAUACAGUAAGCGGACGUUGCAAGUGAUCAUGGGCUAAUGAAGUAAGGAUAACCUUUAUUUCAGUAUAUUUGACGUACACAAAAUUAGGAAGAAUUCAGUGACACAAUAUGUGAAGUCGGUAUAAAAUUUGGAAAGACUUGGUUUGAUUAGGUCUGGAAUAGUGUCUGGUUUCAAUCGGUAGAAUUUGGUGCGAACGGACUGGAAAUACUGUACGGCUAAACUGUCUUUAAUAGUUAACUGCUUGGAAAUUAUUGCAACUCAAAACAUGGCGAAAAAUCGCUCGCACCCUUUUGGUAGUGAGAACCACAUCAAUACAUGAUGCAAUGGACCAUUUGCAUUAUAGACUAAAUUUUGAUCUAGACAAAAAUUUCAUUGACAGCUUGAAAGAGCAUCACAAAAUUAGUAAUAUUCCAAAGUUUUGUUGCGAAAUGUUGUAGAAUGCGGAUAAUAUAGCCAUGCGAAAUUUUCCGUUUUUCAGUCAUUUUGUAUUACGCACGGGAAAUUGACAGCCCAAUCGGGUGUUGGGGCAUCAAUUUCCCGUUUGUAAUACAAAAUGACUGAAAAUUGCAAAUUUCGCAAGGCUAUAUUAUCCGCAUUCUACGACAUUUCGCAACGAAACUUUGGAAUAUUACUAAUUUUGUGAUGCUCUUUCAAGCUGUGAUGAAAUUUUUGUCUAGAUCAAAAUUUAGUCUAUAAUGCAAAUGGUCCAUUAACAGCCUCGUUUCCAUGCGCUUUGGUUUGCUACGUUGUCGCGUGACCCGCGCGUGGAAACUGUAGUCGGUUGCUGGUUAUAACAAUAGUGCACGGACCGCGCGAAGUUGUAAACCAUAGUGCCGGGUACGAGGAUGUGAAGUUACCCUUGGCUGAUUUCGCACAAGGGACAUUUUACUGGCAAAAACAAAAUGACAUAACAGCACUCAAAUGAUGAAUUCUUACUGAUGUGAUCAAAUCUUUAGAGAAGGGAGUACUACUGCCAUGCACUCCUCACAGACAAAGACGACUUCCAUUUUUGUUUUAGGCUAUUUUAAGUUCUGUAUGCAUUUAACCUAUAUAGUUUGUAAAUAUGAUCACAUACAUACUACAUUAUAUACCAAAUAGACUGCAGUCAAACGUGAUAUUGUCAAAUGUAAAACAUUAAUGAUAAUAAUAAUAAUAAUAAUAAUAAGGCGAAAAAAUUAAAAUUAAUAUUCAAUAAUAUCCUGAUACAUAAGAAAUCGUCAAAAUUUUACAAUUUUCUCAAGUGUUCAAAAUAUCAGCCUCGCACAUCUUGUUUAUAACAUUUCAAGUAUGAAAUACUCCACAGUGAAUAAGAGUGAAGUUCAUCUGCUACUUGUGUUGAAUUGCAUGAAGAAAUUAGCUGUCGGCGGAUUUGUAUAGACUUCAUUGUUGAGAUGUUGUUGGCUGAAAAUAAAUUCAUAAAAUUUAAUGUGUGCGUGCAUGUAUAUAUCAAUUACUUGUAUUAAUGCUAAAUACUUCCCACACUAAUUCUGCU